UCCCCUCUUUUCAUUCUUCUAUGCACCAUUCCGAUUUGAAAUCAGUUGGUUCGUUUGCACGUGUUUGGAGAUCGACUUAAUAGAAGAUAUUUAACUACAUUUAUCAGCUAAUUAGUGUUUACUUACACCAUGGACGAAGACGUUGGCGUUAAAGUAACAAGACUGAGACGGCGGCUGUCUGUGGAACAAUCUGAAGAUGGUGGGUCCCCGGCACCCUCAACUCCAACCAAGAAGCGUGGGGGGAGGCUGGCAGCCAAACCACAACUGGAACUCAUUGAAGAAAAUGCCCAAGUGAGCAGUCCCAGAAAGACCAGAAGGAAGUCCUUAGCCACAGAGGCUGAAGAGAAGCCGAUCACACCAUCUAGGAGGAGCGCCAGAAUCAAGUCCAACAGCAGCAUUGUGUCAGAAACACUGUCUGUGACAGCAACAGACUCUCCUAGAGCCAAAAGAGCCGCCCGGCGGAACUCACAAGCUGGAAGUGAUAAUGAUGGCCCGGCAACUCCCGUCAGGCAGACUAAGAGAAUUAGAAAAGAUUCCGCUUCCAGUGUUGAAGCUUUAGGUACAAUAUCGGUCCCGUCACCGCGGUGUUGGCCAGACAUCAUCGGGGUGGCGGGCCCAGAUCAAGUAAUAUUGCCGUUGGCGGCGGAAACCAGCAGCCAUGAAGAGACCAGCACCCUGAUCAAACCACUGCCAGUAUCAGAAAUGGUAAUUGAAGAGGAACCAGAGAAUGAAGUCCAAAAAAUAGAUAAGUCACCCCCUUCUGCUGCUGAUACUGAGGAAUUGUCCCCCAACAGUGCAAGAAAAAGUCAACGACUUUUAGAAAAAAGAAAUAGAAGAAGUGGAUCAUACAAAACGGACCAGGACUCAAGUACCGUAGAAAAUAAAAGCUUAAACAUUUCUACUGGAAAUAAGGAAGCUGAAUUAGAAUCCCAAGAUAGUCCGUCAAAUAAAUCGGUUAAAUCCAAAGAAUCAAAUGACGACCUUUCUGAGUCUAAUAUGAGCUUGUUGAAAAAAAUUGAGACUGAAUCAAAAAUAAAUAAAUCAAAUCACAACAAAAGCACUUCAGCUUUAGAUACUGCUGCAAAUGAUAAGAGUAAGAGGAUUAGAACAGAAUCAUGGCCAGUAGUCACAAUUUCUGAAAAAGACAUUAGUUUCAGUGACAAUGAACUCUCUAAGAAACGGAAAGGAAAAUCAAGUAGUAAUACGUCCGGAUUUAAUGUAACAGAUAGCCCUAAGAUUAACAAAUCCAAUACAUCCAUAACUGAUAAAAAUACUUCACACUCAUUUUUAGACACAUCUUCAAAAAGGAAGAAAAAGAAUAGUGACAAUAACAUUGAAGAUACCUCAAAACCCUCUGAAGAUAGUAACAUGUUGCAAGUGCUGGCACCGAAAGAAGACAUUCAUAGUACUAAAGAUAUUGCCAGUGAGAAAUCUGACAAUAUUGAUGAUAUGGCAAAGCUAUUUGAAAGCAAGCCGGGCAAUGUGCAGGCCACAGUAUAUUUCGAAGAUUCAGACUCAAACAGCGCUGGCGCCCCUACUAAUAAAAUUGAACAUAUAGAUAGUGAAGAUCAAUGUGUCCCUGAAGUAAAACACGAUUUCCAAGAAAAAACUACAGCUAAUGAAAUUAAUGGAAAUGAUAAUAUUAUUCUAUCAAAUCAAGUUGGUAUAGAAAAUGUUUCUAGCGCUGAGAUAAGUAUCCCGAAAAUAAUUUGUGAUGAUGUUAACGACAGUUGUGAGCCAAUGGAUAUUGAUGAAACUAUUCAUGAAGAAAUUUUACAGAAAUCGUCUAAUAAAUCGUUCAACUUAUCAAAACAUAGUAUUUUAGAAGAAACUAAUAGCUCCAAAAGAAAACCAUCAAUUUCAAACUCUGCUACAAACACUCCAGAUUUGUCGAAAAAUGAUAAGAGAAAAUCAUCAAUUUCAAACUCUGGUGUGAACACUCCAGAGGUACCGAAAGAUAACAAGAGAAAAACAUCAAUAUCCAGUUCUGGUGGAAACACUCCAGAUCUCUCGAAAAAUGAUAGGAGAAAAUCUUCAGUUACAGAGUCUAUUGCAGACACUUCUUCACAUCCAGUUAAAACUGACAAGAGAAAAUCUUCCAUUUCAAGCUCCGAGACUGAUACUCCAGAUAAAACCAAAAUUGAUAAAAGAACGUCAUCAAUUUCAAACAGUACUGCAGACACUCCAGAUUUAUCUAAAAGUAAUACUAACAAUAAAAGCACUUUGAUAUUAUCCCAAUUAAAAGACGUAUCUUCUACCUCGGAUAACGUCAAGUCACCUAAACUAUCAACAAAUGAAUUGUUAUCGAAAUCAGACAUUAAUGAAAACAGUAAUAAGAAUAAAAAAAUAUCUAAAGGUAAUCUUUCUUUGAAUGAUGUGAAAGGAACACCAAAGCAAAACGCUAUUCCAAAACUGACAAUGCAGACUAGUACUCCUAUUACUACACACCAGCUCGGCAUCAAAACAAAAACAGAAGAACAAAAGCAAGAAGGCACAAAGAAAAUUAAAACUAACUUUUCCAAAUCGAUUAAUGAAACUGAUUCGUCAGAAGAGGACAGUGAAAAUGAUGAAUCUUAUGAACUUUCAGUUGAAAGGAACAAACAUAUUGACGAUGAAGCCGAAGAAGCAUGUGAUGACUACGAAUCAGGGGACAGUCAAGAUGAAGAGGACAGAAGAUAUGAAGAGGAGAAUGAAAUUGUACAACGAGGUGAAACUCUAACCUCCGAUGACGAUAUGUCUAAUGACACUAAUUAUGAGAAAGAUUCGUUUGUAGUAAGUUCAGAUGAAGAUGAUAAUGAGUUGCUUUCUGGCUCUGGAGAUGACCUUUCAAUGAGUGAUAAAGAACUGACAAUGAGCAAGAAAAGCAAGAAGAAGUUUAAUGAACGUAAAUUAAAAGAACAAAAGAAUGCAUCUAGAGAAAUGUUUGAAUCACGCCACAAACUAAACUCUUCGGAUCGAAAAUCGCCGACUCCUAAAACCAAGAAAAAUCGAAUGAGAAUAGACUCGUCUUUAUUGACAUCUGAUGAAGAAGUAGUUGUUAACCCUAAGAAAUCCAAUCGCAUGCGUUUGGAUUCUACUCUCAACGAAAGUGCCAAACUGGAAGAUACCAAUGUGUCUUUGACCAAAAGCAAUAAGAAUAAGUCUAAGCAAGACUCUGCCCUUAAUAGCAAUGAAAGUAAAGUUGCUACCAAUAUAUCGCUCAAAAAGAACCAGUCUAUGCAUGACUCUGCUACUGAUGAAAGGGAAAUAACAGUCUGCAAUGACAGCACCAUAGACAAUGCGGAUCCUUUGCAAGCGCUUGUUAAACAAGAGCCUAAGACACCACAAAAAGAUAUGAACAUCUCUGUUGUUCAGUUUACUGACCGGGAAGAAAUCGAAAAUGUACAAAUAACAGAAGGCAAUUCUAUUAUGAACCAAACUGGUACAGACCCCUUACAAGCUACGAUGGCGAGUGAAGAUACUUCGGAUAGUAGUGAAAAUGAAGAGAUCUUGCAGAAUUAUGACUCUGUACUCAAUGAACUAAACAAAGACAACAAAACAAAAUUCAACAAAAACAAUGUUUCUUUGAACAGUGGCAAUACAACUAAAAGAAAUCAAGUUGAGCCAAUAAUCGAUCAAUUAAACUUAACCCAUACUAAAAAAUCAAUAAAAGACAAGGGUACCAAGGGAGAUGUCUCAGAUUCAAAAAUAGUUAAAGUUUCAAAAGAAAAACAGGAAUCAGAUAAUGAAGACUCUUCUGAUUCAAUUGACCUACAGUUACUAUUUUCUGAAGAUAAUUGUGGCAGUGACGAAGAUCAGAAGUCGCAACAAAACAAAGCAGAUGACGACAGUAUGUUUGUCUCACUUAAAAAAUCGCCAGGAAAAACAAAUAUUCGGGAAAGUAUUGAAAUGAACGCAUCCCAGCAAGUUACUACUCUAAACGAAAGUAGUGAAAAUAACAAGAAUAGAAAAUGUUCGGUGGGACUAGCAGAAGCAGUUGAAGAGCAAGAUAUAUUCAAUGUUUCCAAAAAUGUUAACAUAUCUAUGAACGAAAGUGGCAAAAAGAAGAAAAAGAAACAUUCUAUAUCAGAGCCUAAAGAUACUUUGAAUAUCUCUAAAGAUGUUAAUGUUUCUAUGAAUGAAAUCGGAAUAAAGAAGAAAAAGAAACAUUCUAUAUCAGAGCCCGCUGAAGAGGAGCCUAAAGAUACUUUGAAUAUCUCUAAAAAUGUUACCAUUUCUAUAAAUGAGAGUGGAAAAAAGAAGAAAAAGAAACAUUCUGUGUCAGAGCCCGCUGAAGAGGAAACUCAUGAUACUUUGAACAUCUCUAAAAAUGUAAACAUUUCUUUGAAUGAAAGUGGAAUAAAGAAGAAAAAGAAACAUUCUGUGUCAGAGCCCGCUGAAGAGGAAACUCAAGAUACGUUGAACAUCUCUAAAACUGUUAACAAUUCUAUGAAUGAAAGUGGAAAGAAGAAGAAAAAGAAACAUUCUGUGUCAGAGCCUGAUGAAGAGGACACUCGAGGUAAUACUUUCAACAUCUCUAAAAAUAAGAGUGGAAAGAAGAAAAAGAAACAUUAUAUAUCAGAGCCAGCUGUAGAGGAAAAUGAAGAAGUUCCUGAUGCUGUAGACACAGAACCUAAUGAAAAAACAAAGAAGAAGAAGAAACGCAAGUGUUUCUUAGCUGCAGAACCUGAAAGUAGUGACCUCUUUUUCAUAGAUACGACUGGGACCUUGCUGGAUAAUAAAGAAAAUACAAUUGCAGAAUCAAGUCUACCACCAAAGAGCGAAAAGAAGAAAAAGAAACAAAAAUUAGAAGCUUUAGUUCGUGACGACGAUUCAGAUGGAGCCCCGGACGAAGCCCCAUAUCGAAGUGAAAAAGCGUCCGAAAUGGAUUUGCAAAAUAUAGAAAGUGUUUGUGAAUCAGCAGAAGGUUCCAAGAAAAAACAUAAAAAGAAGAAGAAGAAAUCAUCGGCUGCUUCUAAUUAUUCGGGUGAAAACAUUGAUGCUGAGAACAUUAUUGCUUCUAACUCUAAGAAACGUAAGAGGAAGUCUUCUAAUACGGAAAACUCUCAAGAAUCUGGAGAUGUCCAAGAGAGCGUGGAAAGUGGAAAGCAUAAUGAAUUGGUCGGCAGUAAUAAAAAACGUAAAAUCUCGCAUAGAGAAGAUAACAACACAUCAGGCUUCAGUGAAUCUAAAAAUGCAAAGAAAAAGAAAAAGAAAAAUCGUGAUGUUGAUUUUAUAGACACUGCAUCUACAUCAGAAACGACCGAAACACAAGUUAAGAAAAACAAAAAGCGAAAACAUAGAGAUGACGACGGCGAUAACAAGCAGACGAAGGUUAAAAAGGACAGUUCGUUCCAAGAAGUGCACGUACCGCGUCUUCCGGAUAACAUUCUUCAGCAACUAGAUGACAAGCCCAGAAAGAUCGAGCCGCCAAAAGUUAUAGCCACAUCAAAUUUCAUUGUUGAAAAUGCCAGGCAAAGGAGAGUCAAACCUUCAAACUACUUGGAAGAGAGCAUUUACCUUGAUGAAAAGUCCCCAGUAACUAAAAAACAAAAACAACGCAUCAACAAACCCAAAGUGUUACCAUUUAUACCCACUGCUUCAAUAUCAGACAGUGGAUAUACAACAAAUUUCAAGAUUAACAAGCUGUCACAAACUACGAGAUUUGAAGCAGAACCGCUCGUUUUUUCCAAAGAAACCUAUUUGCAAAAGAAUAAUAUUAAAAGAUUAGGAACUUAUGACCGGUACAAAAAGCAAAUGCAUCAUAAAAUGUCUAAAUUUUAAUGACAAAGUGCCAACACACGAUGCAGCAAUGGUCAUGUCUCAUGGCAGACAUGCAGCGAACGCUGGCGUCGCGGUAUCUGCAAAAGUCGCAUGUUAUUAUUUAAUAUACCUAUCUAAGAAACAAAAUAAUUGAUUUUAAGAAAUUAUGUCAGUCAAUAGCAUUCUGGCCCAUAUCUCAUUAUCAGGCAUCGUAAACUGCGAGCGAAAUCCAUUGAAGUACUAGGGUUGUAACUGGUUGUCAUACGUCAUUUCAAUGGAUUUCGCUCGCAGUUUACGAUGCCUGCUCAUUAUCCAUUCGUAUCCAUUGUUGACAACAAAUUUAUUCUUAUUUUUGUCAUUGUAUCAUGUGUCAUAAGUACCAACAUUCCAAUUCUUUUGUAAACUGAAGUGAAUGAAAUUUAUACCUAUUUAUUUUAUAAGAAUAAUUAUCAUUUUCUCUAACCGUUGUUCACUUGUUCCGACUUAAUUAAUUAUCAGUAUCUGUUAUAAGUUUGAAGAUUGUUCAUUUUGUUAUUUGACUUUUUAUGUUAUUUAAUAUUUGAAUUUUUGAUUAUUGAUUUAUAUUUUAUGACGUAUGCCAUCGUAAUGCAAAAUUAAUGACAAUACCACUUUAAAUCUCCCGCCAUCAGGAUAAAGUUAACUAUGGUGCUCGGCAGGUGGCGUGAGAGAGCAACUAAAAUGGUAUUGCCCAUGUGCUCUUACUCUUAGACUUGUAUAUUUUAAGUUUUAAUUGUUGUAUUGUAUCUUUGAAUAAAAUUGUUCUUUGGCAUUUAAUAAUUA